AUGGAGAUAUUUAUGAAGGAGAAUUUAAAGAUAAUAAAAUGGAUGGAAUUGGAAUAUUUAAAUAGAAAAAUAAAGAAUAUGAAGGAGAAUGGAAAGAUAGUAAAAUGA